AUGCGCGCUUCUUCUGGCGGCCCUUUCCCAGGAUGUUUCCACCAGGGGCCGCGUCCAUCACAAGCGACUCCGCAGGCCAAUCCUCCUGGUUCUCAGCCACGUGCCCGAGCAGUUCCGCUGCCCAAUCCCGACUGCGUUGUUUGCUGUCGACCAAUCGAACCGUCGAACCGUGAGAAAGAAACAUGGAAGAGCUUCUAUCAGCCGCUGGGUUUCGACACGAAAACUGGGGAGCUUCUAGCUGCUCAGCGGUACCAGCCAGGAUGUAGCCAAGUACAUAUGCACUCCUGCUGUUGGGAGGUCGCGCAGAAUGUUACGGACUUCAUGCCCCUGAACCAGACUUCCCUGAUGGACUUUGCUCGCCAUCUUCUUAACCUCAAACCCUUUGCCACCCAAACCCCUUUCGAUUGUGAGACGAAUGACGUUGAUCAUGAGCUAUGGGCAGAGACGCAGCACAACCCCGAGAGUGACACGAAUGCUGAUCACGAAUGCCGGGGGAUCCUGUCUUCCGCGGCCUUCAAGAAGAUUACCCGUUGGCUGAAGCAGAACCCACUGACUGCCAAUGUUGACGAUGUUCAAAAGAUUGACAAGUGUCUGGCAUAUUGUAUUUCGAGGGGAAUGCCGUAUGCCCUGGCUUCCGACAAAGACAUGAAUAUCAGGCCCAACCUCAUGAGAGCGUUGCAGAAUCUGCAGACAAGCGACGCAUCUCGUUUUCCAAAAACUUACAACCUAAGAGUGGCAUGGGACAAUAUUCAGAGCGCGCUUGAUGCUAUGAAGAGCUCACCGUUGCCACGAGUCUUGAGGCCUAUCCCUGAAUUGAAUGCGUCUCGAAGAAUUAUCAAGUUCUGCAUCCCGACAGAGAAAUGUCACCGAUUGACAUUUUCUUUCAUCAGAAUGCAGAUCAAACCAUCCGGCCUGCAACCUUCUAUGAUUAUUUCGGGAUUCGGUUAUGACGGGAAGGGCCUGGGAUGCUGGGGAGAGAACCAUAUCCUUAGAGUUCAAGCCCUGAAGGGGCUGCAUCUGGCUCGAGACAGUUUCGCUGGCUUUACAGCAAUUCGCGUCAAGAACAAUGAGAAAUGGAGUGAAUGGUUUGGCACACCUAGAGAUGGUGUUGACGACCUUGAGCUUGAGUGGGAAACCAAGAAAAACUUGAUCCUUCAUUUCGAUAAAACGCUCAAUCGAAUUACGGGUGCUGGUAUCAAGUCUCGGGUGUCCGACCUGCCUCUUUAG